AUUACCGAAAACGCCAGAAAAUAUGGUGCAGGGCCACUAUUUAAUCAGAUUCUUCCACUUUUGAUGUCACCUUCGUUAGAAGAUCAGGAGCGACAUCUUAUGGUUAAGGUAAUCGACCGUAUACUGUACAAGUUGGAUGACCUGGUUCGUCCAUAUGUGCACAAAAUUCUGGUGGUCAUUGAGCCACUUCUGAUUGAUGAGGAUUAUUACGCCAGAGUGGAAGGUAUCAAAAUCGUACAACAAAUGGCUAUUCUCAUGGGCUGCGCUGUCCUACCGCAUUUGAAGGCUCUUGUCGAGAUUGUUGAGGGUGGAUUGGAAGAUGAGCAACAGAAGGUGCGAACUAUCACUGCUCUGUGUUUGGCUGCAUUGGCUGAAGCUGCCACCCCAUACGGUAUUGAAGCAUUUGACUCCGUACUCAAACCACUGUGGAAAGGUAUUCGGAUGCAUCGUGGUAAAGGUCUAGCCGCUUUCCUCAAAGCCAUUGGCUAUCUUAUUCCACUUAUGGACGCUGAAUAUGCUUCUUACUAUACUAAGGAAGUGAUGCUUAUUCUCAUCAGAGAAUUCGCUUCUCCCGACGAAGAAAUGAAGAAAAUUGUGCUAAAGGUCGUCAAACAAUGUUGCGCAACAGAUGGUGUGGAAGCACCAUAUAUCCGCGACGAAAUCUUGCCACAUUUCUUUAAAGCCUUCUGGACCCAACGUAUGGCUAUGGAUAGAAGGAACUAUAGGCAACUUGUGGACACUACUGUAGAGAUGGCUCAAAAGGUAGGAAGUGCUGAAAUGAUUGCACGAAUUGUGGAUGACCUAAAAGAUGAAAACGAGCAGUACAGAAAAAUGGUGAUGGAGACUGUUGAAAAUAUAGUAGCAUUGCAAGGCGCUAACGAGAUCGACUCACGUUUGGAGGAGCAGUUGAUUGAUGGCUAG